AUGGAGGGAGAUGGUUAUAGCUUCCUUGAAGGGGUAUCAUCACCUUCUAAAAAAUCUAUCACAGAUCUGGAAAAUGUACAACGUGGAGAAAGACCGACAGCCUUUGGAAACUUUACAAUAUGGCGAAAUCCCGGUUCGAGAUUCUCCACUUUAGUCCGCAACCACAUGCACCAAGGAGCUGCAUCCCUGUUGUUCUACGAAGGAAAGUUCAUAAAUAAACAUCAUUAUAUAGAGCCGAGAAUUGUCCGCUACGACGGUGAAAACACCCAGCCACAGACCUUUGUCAUUGGUACUCCAAGUGAUAAGAGAACUCAGCUGGUUAUCCUAUUUCGUCCACUCAAAGAGGUGCUCUGUAGUGGUAAUGGUUUCUUUGAAAUAUGUUCUGGCUCCUUUGCUUGGAACGAACACCAGGUAUAUGAUUGGCUCCAGCCGGGUACCAAUCAGUCUGGUUCAAAGUGGGAACCAAUUUCAGUCAGCCAUGAUCGGGUUUUGGUUGUCCGAGCAGGCACACUGGUUCGAUUUGGUCCGGGUAAAGGCCCGUGUGAUUUCGUAUGCAUGGGCUACUCCAACAGCCAGGCAAGCCUUACGCCAAGUGACAUUGAGUUUGAAUUAUUGGUUGCCCCGUUCCUGCGACGUAUCCCUGAACACAAGAGACUACAGAUACUUUCCAGGCCAGCACUACAGGUCCAGGAUCAGGGAUACCAGGGCCUAAGAACAAUGGAGAACAACGGUGAUCCACACCUCUCUAAUCCAAACACGGAGUUAAACCCACCUUUCCGGAAAGACUGGAACACGAUUACACAAGUCCUCAAAACCUUGCGCAAUGAGGAACAACAGAUGAUUCGUUUCUUUAAUGGCGAUCGAUUCGAGGAUAUCUUCGCAAGCAGCUCACCCGAUAAUGUCUACAGCCAAACCCCUAAAUCUGAGAAGCUUCGUUAUCUACUUGACGUCCAAACGAAGACUUGGCAGUAUUUCAAAGAUUAUCCGGAUUUUGAUACUAGAAAGGACAAUAUUAAAUUCUGGGAAAAUAUCUAUCGUGAAGGUUUCCGUGGUGGAAUGCAGAGUGCCUUUGCAUCUAAAUACCGCUAUGAUGAGAAGAGUACACGAGCUAUACUAAAUCGGGGUGGAAAGAUCCAGGCUCUCACAAGCGAGCUCAAGGAGCCUGGACUAGCCCCAUUCCUUCUUCCGGUUGUUGAUCGCCUCAGUGAGAUUUCAUACCCCAGUAUGAAAAGACUUAGUGACGAGAUAAUGAAAGAAUUUCCCGGUAUCUUGCAGGCAAGUUCAUUGAUACGCGGAAAAUGGGAAAUGUAUGUAAAGACAUAUUUGAUGUUUAUGACGGAUAUUGAGGCAGAUGUUUCUUCCAAUCCCUGCAGCUGUGAGGUGGAAUAAAUUCCAGCAUUGAUUCCGACAGGAAGGAAAGGAAGAGCGAAGAGAAGGAAGGGGCGAGAAAGAAUGACACCCUAGCCAGGGUUACCCUACACCUACCAUGAUUGGAGGAUACUCCGUCAUUGAGUCUAUAUUGUGGGGCUGUUUUCGCAGAGUGGGCCUAUUUGAUUUGUCUU